AUGUGCAGCCUAGAGAAGCGAGGAAAUGUGUACAUCUUGACCUUCGUUGGUGACCGCGAGCACAGGUUUAAUCCCACAACAUUCGAUGCCAUCUCUGACGCUCUCAAAGAGGUGGAAGAAUCGGCAGACGCAGCAGCCCUGGUAACCACCAACGCAGGCAAAUACUUCUCCUGCGGCCUCGACAUGAAAUGGGUUGGCGAGAGCCCCCACGACCGUUUUGACAUAGGCAUGGAGAAAUUAGAGAAUAUGUUCGCAGCCUUCAUGAAGCUCAGCAUCCCCACCGUGGCAGCCAUCUGCGGGCACGCGGAGGCGAGCGCCUUCACGCUUGCUCUGGCUCACGAUUACCGCUUCAUGAGUACGCAGGGGUCCUCCCACCUCUACAUGUGCGAGCUCGAUCAUGGCUUCAACAUCCCCAAGAGUAUGCUCACCUUGAUUCGUAGCAAGCUGCACCCUGCAGCCCUGCGCGAUGUGGUGCUAGGCGGCACCAAGCUCAACGCCCGGAUGGCCUUUCAGAAAGGGAUUGUGGACGCCGCUUUCGACGACUCGGUGGGGACUUUGCAGGCGGCGGUUAAGGAGGCAGAGAAACUGGCGGUCAGGGGAUGGAACAGGGAGAUCUACCGUAGCUUCAGGUUGGCUGCCUUUCCUGACGUUGUGGAGGAGCUCGAUAUUCAUGUUCCCUAUCGCAUGCUCGCUUCCUAUAACUUCUGA